AUGACCACACCCGAGGCUUCCCUUGUUCUCCCGCAUAGUUCUUCGACCUCCGCUGCACAACCUCCAACUUCUUCGGUUCCACAGAUUGUCACCAUCCAGAAUGAUAAUUCUGCGUUGCCUACAAGAGUUAUUCUCAAUGAGACCAAUUAUGCUCUUUGGUAUCAACUCAUGGAAAUUCGAAUUGCUACUCGUGGAAAGUUGGUCUAUCUUACUGGCUCUAUUGCUAUGCCAUCUGAAUCUGCUACUACUUUUGAUGCGUGGACCACUGAAAAUCUACAAGUCAAAGGUUGGUUAAUUGAUUCUAUGUCCCCUGAGUUGAUGGGCCGCUUUAUUUGUCUUCGCACUGCCAAUGAGAUUUGGGAUGCUGUCAAGAAAGUAUUCUAUGAUGGAUCCGAUGAAUCUCAAGUUUACGAAUUGAACAGGAAGGCAUUCACCCUCAAACAGAAUGGCCAACCUGUUUUCAAAUAUUAUAGCAUGCUUCAGAGUCUUUUUCAGGAACUGGAUCAUCGCGACCCCCCAUCUAUGGUGUGCGUUGCUGACACUGAUGCAUACCAGAAAAAACUCGACCGUCUUCGAGUUCAUAUUUUUCUUUUUGGAUUGGAUCCCGAAUUUGAUCAAGUCCGUAGGAACCUAAACUGGAUCUUGACCAGAGUUUUGCUUAUGUUCGCCGUGAUGCACAACAACGCGCCAAUUUUACUGGUGCUGCCGCCUCUCUUGAUGCUACUGUCAUGGUGGUUCAACGUUCCAAGGGACCACCUUCAUCUCAUGGGAGUUCCUCGACCCAGGGGGUGA